UAUUUAUUGAUUAUAAAAAUAUUAAUAAAUAAUGGUUUAUCUACAUUUUCCAUCAAACUCAACAGAGGAAGAGAAAAUGCUUCAUGAAAAAUAUAAUAAACUCAAAAGAAAGAAAAAAGCACUUCAAGAUUUAAAAGCACCAAAACCAGAACCUGAGAGAAUGCCACAAGCACCAAAACGUCCAACAGAAGCUCGUGAUGCUCGUGAAGUAGCAAAAAAAUUAAUAAAAUCAGGUGUUAUAACAGCACCAAAAAUUCCAAAACGUUCUGAACAAUCAUUUAAACGUCCACGAGGUCUUGAAAGAAAAUUAAAUAGUACAGAAAAAACAGUAUGUUCAUAUCAGCCAUUUUCAGCAAUGCAAACUGAAGAUGAAGAAAUGGAAAUUGAAAAAAAACCACCAAGAGUUAAAGGUUUAUAUGAUAAUUUUGUAAGUGCUAAAAAAACUGAUGAUACAAUUACCAAUGACAAUGGUAAACAAUCAUCAUCAUCAUCAUCAUUAUCAUCAUCAUCAAAAAUUGAAACAAAACCAAGAGCUGGAAAUACAAUAUUUGUUGCUGGAUAUAAAAUAUCAGAAGAUUAUUUAAAAAAACAUUUUUCAUCAUUUGGAAGUAUUUUAAAUAUAUCAAUGGAAGCUGAAAAAAAUCGAGGUUUUGUUACCUUUGAUAAACCUGAAGCUGCUGAACGUGCAAUAAAUGAUAUGGAUGGUAGUAUGGUAUCUUCAAUACAAUUAAAAGUAUCACUUGCAAGAAGACAACCAGUCAUUGAUCAAAUUAAUGACACAACAUCUGGCUCAAUGUGGUCAACAAUUGCUACAAAUAAUUCACAAAAAAGUGCACACAGAGAUAGACGUGAAUUAACAACAUACGAAGAAGAUUUAUUUAUUUAAAUUAAUUUUAAUAAUAAUUAAUAAUUAUAUAAAAUUUUCAUAAAGAAAAUUAUAUUUUAUCUAAAUUUAAAUUUCAUUUGUGUGUUGUUUUUUUUAUUUUUUUUUUUUUUUGCUGAAUUUUUUUUAAAAUACCCCAAAAACAAUGUGAAAUAUAUAUUUAUUAUUAUACAAAUAAUUAUUGUAUAUUUUAUUAUAUAAUCAAUAUUAAUUUAGAAAAUCAUAAUUAUUACCAAAAAAAAAUUGACUAAUAUUGCCUUAAAUAACAGCUAUUACUUUCGUUUAAAAAUUUAAUUAUCGUUGUAUUUUUAAUUGUUUUUUUUUUUUAUAAUCUUGGUGGAUUAAAAUAAUCCCAAUGAUGAUGAUGAGUUAUUG